CUUCGUCCCCAGCUCUUUCUCUGUAAUAAUUCAUAUUUUUGUUCCAUCGGAUCCACCAGCACUACAACCUGCAUUGGAUGGAUCUGAUCGGAGAGCUUUCAAUAAAUUUCAAUUCCUCAUUUCGAAAUUGAUCGAUUUUAUCUCAUCAUCGUUGUUCUUUUUUUCCCCUUCAAAAAUUCCCCCUCACGAAGCUAUGAGGUUUUGAAUAUCGACAUUGUUGCGAUUUGCAUGAUCCAUAACAUCAUCGGAGCAAACAUAUAAAAAUCAGAAUUGGAACUUUGAGGAAUAAUGGCUUCGUUAUCUGCAAUCAGCGAGGAGCUCGCGGAAAUCGAGGGACAGAUUUCGGAUAUCUUUCGAGCUCUCACGAAUGGGUUUCAGAAAUUGGAGAAGAUUAAGGACUCCAACAGGCAGAGCAGGAUGCUGGAGGAGCUUACUGAGAAGAUGCGAGAAUGUAAGAGGUUAAUUAAAGACUUUGACAUAGAAAUAAAGAAUUUGGAGCUUCGAAAAGAUGCAAGCACAGAUAAGAUGCUCAAUGAUAAAAAACAAGCAAUGAUCAAAGAACUGAACUCAUUUGUUGCUAUGAAAAAGCAAUAUGCAGCCACUCGUGAAAACAAGCGAAUAGAUCUUUUUGAGGGCCCUAGUGAAGGUUUUGCUGAAGAGAAUGGUUUGCUAGCUUCAAAUAUGACUAAUCAACAGCUAAUGGAUCAUGGCAAUCAGAUGAUGGAUGAGACUGAUCAAGCCAUUCAUAGAGCACAAAAGGUGGUGCAUGAGACUAUUAAUGUUGGAACUGAAACUGCAUCAGCUCUCAAAGCACAGACUGAACAGAUGAGCAGGAUUGUUAAUGAACUGGAUUCAAUCCACUUCUCUAUCAAGAAGGCUUCUCAACUGGUCAGGGAAAUUGGUAGGCAGGUUGCAACUGAUCGUUGUAUAAUGGCAAUGCUUUCUCUCAUUGUGCUUGGUGUUGUUGCAAUCAUCAUUGUGAAGAUUGUUAAUCCCCAAAACAAGGACAUCAGGGACAUUCCGGGAUUAGCCCCACCCGCACCCGCGCGAAGAUUGCUGCUCUCAUAUCCUAACUGAAACCCAGCACCAGAGCCCUGAACACGAGUUUCGCCACUCAGACAUCUCAACCUCAUCGGGAGAAUGUGCGGGGCCAAAGCUAUUGGAGGGCCCCGCGACGGACACUUUGGCUUUCUUUGACCUGAUCUGCCAUUUUUCACAUGAUGACCCUACUUACUACUGUGUUGUGUGCUUGGAUAGGGUGGAAUUGGAGUUGAGUAUAUUCUUGUUUUAUGUAUUCCAUAAGUUUAUAUUGUAGUGAGCUUUCCAUUUGAUUACUAAAGUGCCUUAUGGAAGGAGAGAAAGACAUGAACUGGAAUUUGUGUAUAAACACACACACACACCAACAUAAUUGUGUAGCUGUCAUUAUGUAUCUCAUGGGCAUAUGAGUUGGAUCAGCCCAUAUGUGUAUAGUACGUGGACCAGGCCCAAUACAAUCAUUUCCAUUCU